AUGUCGUCUCUUUCCAUCUUCCGUGUCGCCACCCGCGCCGUCCGCCCUGCCAGCUUCGUCCGAGCUCCUAUUGUCCGCUCCCGAGUGCAGACCCCAGUCAUUCUGGCCGCUCGCGCCCGCAGCUUCGGCACCACCUCCAAGCUCCUCUCCGGUCACGAGGAUGAGACAUACGAGGAGUUCUCCGCCCGAUUCGAGAAGGAGUUCGACGGUGUCCAGGAUGUUUUCGAGCUUCAGCGCAACCUGAACAACUGCUUCGCUUACGAUCUCGUCCCCUCCGUUGAGGUCCUCACCGCGGCCCUGAAGGCCGCCCGCCGUGUUAACGACUUCCCCACCGCCGUCCGUGUUUUCGAGGGUAUCAAGGCUAAGGUCGAGACCCAGGACCAGUACAAGCAAUACCUCGAGGCUCUUGAGGGUCUGCGCCAGGAGUUGGGCGUUGCUCUCCGGGAAGAGCUCUACCCCCAGGAGGAGUAA